AAAAUCGCAGUGCCAUCACUGGUGACAUAAUCAACCCUAAUCGUUGGUCCGAAUUCUCUAACUGUUCUCACAUGCACAUUCAUUUCCUUCUUCUUCUUCUUCCUAUCUCCUGAGCUCGGAUUCCCAGUUCUAUGCUCAAAACUUUUUCGAAUCUAAGGUGCGUGGGCUGGAGUAUCAUAAUUGGUUUGUGGCCUUUUAAUUUAUGAGAGCAACAUAGGCUGCCUCUUGUUUUAACAUUCUAACACAGCCAAAUGGUGGGCUUCUGCAUUUGAUUUGGUUAACACAUGGAGGACUACACUUUUGUUGUUGGUCAAGAGUUCCCUGAUGUCAAAGCUUUCCGGAAUGCAAUUAAAGAAGCUGCAAUUGCUCAACACUUUGAACUUCGUAUUAUAAAAAGUGACCUGAUUCGAUACUUUGCAAAGUGUGCCUCAGAAGGUUGUCCAUGGCGCAUUCGUGCUGUUAAACUUCCUAAUGUCCCAACCUUCACAAUAAGAAGCCUUGAAGGAACUCAUACUUGUGGGAGAAAUGCGCAAAAUGGUCACCAUCAAGCUUCUGUGGAUUGGAUUGUGAGCUUUAUCGAGGAACGAUUACGAAAUAAUAUCAAUUACAAACCAAAGGAUAUUUUACAUGACAUUCAUAAGCAGUAUGGAAUCACUAUUCCUUACAAGCAGGCUUGGCGUGCUAAGGAACGGGGACUUGCAGCAAUUUAUGGCUCUUCUGAAGAAGGAUACUGCCUGCUUCCUUCAUACUGUGAACAAAUAAAAAGAACUAACCCUGGAAGUAUUGCAGAAGUGUUCACUACUGGUGCAGACAAUCGGUUCCAAAGGCUUUUUGUUUCGUUCUAUGCAUCCUUAUAUGGAUUCUUGAAUGGGUGUGUGCCUAUCAUUGGGCUCGGUGGAAUUCAACUUAAGAGCAAAUAUCUUGGUACCUUACUUGUAGCCUCAUCUUUUGAUGCUGAUGGUGGGUUUUUCCCACUUGCAUUUGGUGUUGUUGAUGUAGAAAAUGAUGAGAGCUGGGUGUGGUUCUUGUCAGAGUUACAGAAAGCAUUGGAGAUGAACACUGAGAGUAUGCCUAGGCUCACUUUUUUGUCUGAUGGACCAAAAGGCAUUGUAGAUGCGGUAAAAAGAAAAUUCCCAAAUUCUUCUCAUGUAUUUUGCAUGCGCUACUUGAGUGAAAGCAUUGGUAAAGAAUUCAAAAACUCGAGGCUUGUCCAUCUUUUGUGGAAAGCUGCUUGUGCUACCACUAACAUUGGUUUCAAAGAAAAAAUGGGUGAAAUUUCGGAGGUUUCAUCUGCAGCUGCAAAGUGGUUGCAACAAUUUCCUCCCUCUCGUUGGGCCUUAGUGUAUUCUGAAGGAACACGGUAUGGCCAUUUGUCUUCAAAUAUCGAGGAAUUUAAUAUAUGGAUUCUUGAAGCUCGAGAGUUACCUAUAAUCCAGGUCAUUGAGCGAAUUCACAAUAAAUUAAUGGCUGAGUUUGAGGACCGGCGUUUGAAGAGUAUUUCCUGGUUUUCAGUGCUGACUCCAUCUGCGGAGAAACGCAUGGUUGAAGCUAUCAAUCGUGCAUCAACAUAUCAAGUCCUUAGAUCUGAUGAAGUUGAAUUUGAAGUUAUAUCAGCAGAGCGCUCAGACAUUGUUAAUAUUGGGACACACUCUUGUUCCUGCCGUGAUUGGCAGCUUCAUGGGAUACCAUGUUCGCAUGCAGUUGCAGCGCUAAUUUCUUGUCGAAAAGAUGUAUAUGCAUUUACGGAGAAGUGCUUUACUGUUGCUAGUUACCGUGAAGCUUAUGCAGAAGAUAUACACCCCAUCCCUGAAAAAAUUGAGUGGAGAAAGGUGGGUGAUGCUCCAAUGGAUGAUGAUGAUGAUGAUGCUCAAGUUGUGCGGCCUCCGAAAUUUCGUCGUCCACCAGGACGCCCAGAAAAGAAACGAAUUUGUGUAGAGGACCUUAACCGUGAGAAACAUACUGUGCAUUGUAGUAAAUGUAACCAAACUGGUCAUUAUAAGACAACUUGCAAGGCAGAGAUUAUGAAAGGCAUUGAACAGUUUUAGGCGUAAUCUUGUAACUUAAUCAUCUGAUCAACUAGUUCUUGUAAUCCUGAGUAGAAUAGCGUUGAGGUUAUACCUGUUUUUCAUGUAUCUAAAAUAGGAAAUGUCCACUGUAUUAGAAGUGUAUGCGUAAUUGAUAUGUUUAGCUUAGGUUAUUAUUUUAUUAAGAAAGCUAGAAAGCUGUCGAAUUUGACCUCUACAUUUUCCAAGUAAACAUUCAUCAUUAGACUA